UCUGUUGCGUACUCAUUCGUCGAGUGGGUUGUGACAUUUUUUUCUGUUGUUACAAGAUGUUUACAUGGUCGAACUGUGAAAAAUUUGGCGAAAUUUUAAAAAAUUCAACUUAUAAAACUGGGAUGAAAGAAUUACGGAAACUCGAGUAAUAGAGAGAGAGAGGUAAGUCCGGGCCAAGCCAUGGAGGACGAAGAACGUUUGGAAGGAGAGGAAGAAAUGGAUCUUGAUGAAGCAACCGAUGGCGAAGAUGACGAUGAGGAUGCCAGUGGAAUCCCUAUUUCACCAGCAAACUCUGAUCAAUUACUUGGUCCAGUUUCAACCCCUGGCAGCACUAUCCAAGAUGAGGUUUUCCAUGAUCCACUACGUUACCAAAAAUUUCCAUUUCCUGGAGGUAAACCACUGAACAUCAGGCGCGGUCCUGGCAGGCCCAGAAAAGAGAGACCUCUUGUACGGGGAGUGAGAAGCCGACCAUUUGGCAGGGGAAUGACCAGGGGCAAGGGAUUUGGAUAUAUGCGAGGUAUCCCACGCCGUACAAAGAGUAAAGAUGAUGACACGCAUUCGGAAUCCCCAAGCCCUCUGCGGGUCAGUGAUGAUCUCAUGGGUGACGGAGAAGGAUCUGGGAUGGACCGGUCAAUGCCAGCGCCGGAGGAACCGCCCUAUUUUCCAGAACAAUGGCCAGGAAAGGUGUGUUCGUUGUGCAAUUUGGGGGAGCGAAGUCAACUGGGGCAGGGUGAGCUGCAGCGAUUGUCCUGCCCCGAAGGUUUCACCCCAGAGAAGAACGUGGUUAAAGAAGAAAUAUCUGAAAGUCUGUUAGACAUUUCUUCUGCUGGAGACAAAAGCCCUCGUGCCGGUGGUUCUGGAGCCGUUACCUGUCGUCGGCAAAAAAGUUUGGCCAAAUGCAGAAACCCUAGUCUUACAAAUUUUACGGAACCGGUGGAGGAAUUGAGUAUUGUCGGCUACUCAGAUGAACCAGAGAUAGGAACUCUAUUUGAACCUACACGAAACUUUUACAUCCAUAAUUCGUGCGCCGUUUGGUCAAUCAGCAAUCAGGAGUUAGUACCUGAAACUGUAAGCCGAGCAGUUGUGGUUGGUUCUUCACGCCGUUGUGCCUACUGUUCUCAUUAUGGGGCUAGCAUCCCUUGUAAGGUGGGAUCGUGCAAUCGUUAUUUUCAUUUGCCAUGUGCCGCAGCGUCUGGUUGUUUUCAAGAUACCAAAACGUUAAACUUAUUCUGCAGUCAACAUCUGGGCCAAGUUCCGCUUUUGUUGAAUGGCGAUAUAAGUUGCAUGCAAUGUUUCGGCAUGGGUGACGUUUCCAACUUGGUGAUGUGUUCAAUUUGUGGACAUCAUUAUCAUGGCAGCUGCGUUGGCCUGGCCCUCUUACCAGGAGUCAGAGCAGGCUGGCAAUGCGCGGCCUGCCGUGUUUGUCAAGUGUGCCGCCAGCCAGAGGAGGCUUCUAAAGUUAUGCUGUGUGAACAGUGCGAUAAGGCAUAUCAUCCUGGCUGCCUGCGACCCAUAGUCACUUCUAUACCCAAAUACGGUUGGAAAUGCAAGUGCUGUCGAGUGUGCACUGACUGUGGAUCGCGUACCCCAGGUGCAGGUCUUUCUUCUCGAUGGCACGCUCACUAUACAGUGUGUGAUUCGUGCUAUCAGCAGCGUAACAAAGGUUUUUCCUGUCCACUUUGCCGUAGAGCGUAUCGUGCGGCAGCCUAUAGAGAAAUGGUUCAAUGUAGUUCUUGUAAAAAGUUCGUCCAUGGUACAUGCGAUCCUGAUGCAGAUCCGAUAACUUAUCAACACCGUAAAGAGGCAAAGCCAGAAUAUGAAUACAUUUGCCUACAGUGUAAUCGAAUGGCCCUUGUCAAACGUAAAGACAAUACCGAUGAUUACGGAGGUGAUUCGAGCCUCACGGCUUCUCAAGAGAGUUUAUACGGUGACGGGGAUUCUUCAGAGUUUGAUUAUCAGGGAGGAACAGAGGAAGCACUCUAUUCCAUUGGAUUAGGAAAAGGAAAGCCAUUCUGUGCAUCUAAAAUUGCAAAAAAGAAGCUCGGUCUUGGAGGGGGAGUUAUAGGUCGACCGAAAGGAGUUGGCAAAUUAGGUUAUCAGAAGAGACAAAAAAUGACCGAGUUUGGUCGAAAGAGGGGCCCUAAGGCUAAAAUGCGGGGUAUAUUUGGUGUACCUGGAUUGGGAUUACAGAGGCCAAUGUCGGAUUCAUUUUCAAAAUCGGAGGAGGAGCCAGGUGUAGAAAACAGAUUAGUCUUAUGCUCAGCAAAAGAUAAAUUUGUUUUAACCCAGGAUAUCUGUGUGAUGUGUGGGGCAAUUGGGACAGAUCAGGAGGGUUGCCUGAUUGCCUGCGCGCAAUGUGGCCAGUGUUAUCAUCCAUAUUGCGCCAACGUUAAAGUUACAAAAAUCAUAUUGCAAAAAGGAUGGAGGUGUCUUGACUGCACGGUAUGCGAAGGCUGUGGAGAGAGGAAUGACGAAGCACGGUUGAUACUGUGUGACGACUGUGAUAUCAGCUAUCACAUUUAUUGCAUGGAUCCGCCAUUAGAUUACGUUCCUCAUGGCACUUGGAAAUGUAAAUGGUGUGCUCAAUGCCAGACAUGCGGUUCAAACGACCCUGGAUUCAACAGUGAUUGGCAAAAAAGUUACACUCAGUGUGGCCCUUGCGCCUCACAUACCGCUUGCGCCUCCUGCCAGGUGGCAUAUAACGAAGGCGAGCUCAUCAUUCAAUGCGUUCAAUGUGAGAGAUGGUUACACUGUGCUUGUGAUUCUAUUGAGACAGAGCUCGAUGCUGAGAAGUGUGCAGAAGAAGGUUAUAAUUGUAUACUUUGUCGUCCAAGAGAUGUUCCACCACCUCACAUUUUAUGCAACUUACCAAAACCUUUACCUCAUAAAUAUCCACGCUCACCACCACCGGUAUCCCAUAGUCCUGAACUGUACAAGCCAUCUCCGCAACAGUAUUUAGUAGAUGGCGUUUAUCUGUCAGAGGCUGGAAUGCUCCACAUCAAGUCAUUGACUUUUGAACAACAGCAAACGCGUAAGAAGAGGAGAAAGAUGUUGCCUUUGCUUGACAAAGAAGCAGGAAUAAUGGCCACGAUCGAGUCCGUCGUUGCUGGUGGCAGUCUUGAUAAUUCUCUAGAGGAUAACGGUAAAUUGGAUUUAUUAGAUGUCAAAGAAGAGCCAAUUGAAGUUCUUAAAGAAGGAAUGGUAUGGACCGCACGUGGAGAUCAACCACCACCUGAAGGAUUUAGCAUCUAUACCACAGAGAACGGUGUGACUGUUCUGAGACGCAAACGACAAAGAAAUUUACAAAAACUUGGCAUUGGAGGAUUUGUUGUCCGAUUGAGAACUCGUAAGGAAAAGGAAGAAGAUGGAGAUGGCGACAAACCAUCUGAUGGAUUGUUAGGGAUCGGCGAAGACAAGCCUCGUCGUAAACCUCAGCGGAGGAAACCAAAGACAAAACUCUCCGAGUGUUUUCCACUUUAUAUGCAAGAAGCAUUUUUUGGUAGGGAUCUGAUGGACACUACCAAGGAUAAAGAUAUUGGUAGUAGCAGUGAUUCUGAUAGCGAGCGCAACGUUUCGAGUAAUGCGGAUACGAUACAACUCUCGCAAGAUGAACUCAAGGCGAUUGAACAAGUCAAGGCUAAGCAAGAAAAAGAAGAAGAAAAGAUACCUAGUGAGACAUCAAUUAAACGCGAAGAGAUUAUGGAAGAUGAAGGCAGUGACACUGAAGCCCUUGGUGAUAUUCUACCAAUUUCUGGUGAUUUGUUGGACAGUGAUCUGGUUAACACUAUCAUGAAUGAGCCUGAUGAAGAUUUGGCAAAAGCUAGUGAAGCGCUAGAAGAACUGGAAGACACAUCAGGUCCAAGCAAAGAUGAACUCACUGACAUACUAAGUCCACACUUCAACUUGGAAUCAAUGGUCAGAGAUACCGGUUUGCCAAACAUGGACAGUAAAGAUGUUGAAGAAAUAUUUAAGGGAGUACUGACCGAUGAAUCACAGGAAUCUCAAGAGUCAUCUGUUUUCCCUGCACAAUCUCAACCAUCACAUGUCCCAUCUUCAUCGACACCGCUGGUAUCACCAUCACCUCAUCCAGGAUUGCAAUCUGGUCUAACUCUAAGUAGACCACAGGUUUCUGUUGCGCUGCCCCCGGUUGGACAGCCUAAUCUAAAUUCCCCGAUGAGUUUCCCACCACCAUCUCCGUAUCAUUCAGAAUACAGCAACAGUCCGCAAUUCAGCCCUGCUUUUUCUGAACCACCCAGUCCUUGGUUGAAUCCAGAAGAAGAAGUGGCAGUGCCUACUGCUGGUAGCGGUGCAGCCAUCACUUAUAAUCAACGAAGCAACCUCAAAAUGGAGGCUGAUGAGGCUCUUGGAAGUGGGGCAACUAUAUCUGCAGUUUUGUAUGCAAACCUUAACCAUCCUGAAUGGAAAGCAGAAUAUCCAGCUUGGUCCGAGCGCUGUAAACAGAUACUGAAGAGAUGGCGUGCCUUACCUACUGAAAAGAAGGCCCCUUACCUGACUCAAGCCCGAGACAAUCGAGCAGCGAUUCGAAUGAAGAAAACUCAGCAGAUACCUAAGGAUUUACCAAGCACGACCCCAGUCACUGCAACAAGCGCACCUACCAUCACCACCAAACCUGUCACAACUAUAACAUCGGCUCAAGUAUCUUCAGUAGUAACAAUGGCCACUAGUCAAAAGCAAAUUGGACUUUUGGCCUCUGUCAUCGGCGAUAAGUCACAGGAGAAGACUGGGGUAACUGGGUCUGCAACGGCAGUGUCAGGGGCGACACCGAGCAGUGUUCAUCUAGCGGAGGUGUGUGCGGUGCAGGGACCGCCGAGGCAGCUAACAUCUCUCUCCCCAAGCCCAUCCCCUACACUUUCCAUGCCACCUGUUGUGCCUAGACCUAACUCUAUCAACUCUGUGAAUUCCAUUAACAGUCUGGUACACCAAGAGGUAGCCGGUGGCCAGGCUAAAAUAGCACAGUUGCCAGCCACGCCUUGCACAACAGCUUCUUACUGCAACCCAGGGGGUGGUGAAGGGCAACACGAUAAAUCACCGUCUCCAUCACCCUCGCCAUCACCUUCACCUUCGCCAUCCCACCAACGUUCCAUACCUAUUCAUCCUAGUCACUCCAUUAAUGCUGUCCAUUCAAUUCACCCUGUGAUGGGUACAAGCGGCGUAACUAACAAUAUCAACAGCAUCCUUCAGGCAUCCCCCCAGGUGGGGUCUAACUCUAUUCGCCAAUUAUCCUCGAUAGACCACCAGAUUAGAGUACUCACCCCAUCUGAAAUCAUGCGCACACUCCCAUCCCUCAGCCAGGAGCACUACGAUCCGCCACCCACUGCAAUUAUUCACACUGUACCUGUACAGGCCCCGCCUAUGGAGCAGGAUAGGCUGUCAAACAGAGACCGAUCGAGCCGAGAGGCAGAGCAGGAACGACAAUGGAAACAACUCCAGGCACUUCGUCAGCAGCAAGCCCAAAUGCAACAGCAAGUUAUUCACGAACAACGUGUGCACGCUAUGGCUAGAGUACACAGGCAGAUCAAUGAAGAUGGUACUACUCAAAUGACGCCUGAAAAUCCGCCUGGAUUAACAACUCAAUUACAAGUCUCUACAGCUCAGGAUGCUAAUCACUUGGGUCCAAUGGCAUCGCCCUCUCCUGGAUCCCGUGGAACGUUUGCAACCCCUCCAAUCAAAGUUAACAGAAGCGUAGCUCCGCAAAGUCCGCUACAAGGUAUAACUCGUCUGCCAAAUCAACAAUGCGCUACAGUUAAUCGGCAGGUCGGUUCUGUUGUACGAGCUGGUAUGCCCACUAGUUUUGCGCAACCUCCAUCCCCCUUUUCACCACAAGCCCCCCAAUCUCCUCAUGAUUUUCCGCAAUCUCCGGCGGCCUCUCAAUCGCAAGACCAAUUUCAGCGCUUUGAAACUUCCGAACCAUUUAAUCAAACUUCUCAAACGUCAAGGCCGCCAUUUGCGAGUACACCUUCUUAUGUUACCUCACCUCGAAAUGAUCCUUUUCCUCAACCCCCCGGUACUCCUCGACCGCUGUUUAAUGCCCCUACGCCUCGUUCUUCACCUCACGUUUACGCCCCAUCUCGGACUCCUGAUCCUUACAGCGCUCAACCGCCCACUCCGUCCUCGGCUCCCAGUUAUACCUCACCUCGGCCAGAUUCAAGACAAGAACCUCAACCUCCAGAGCUAUUCAAUCAACAACCGGAAGUUAAUCGACAACUACGUGAUCUACUUCAACGGCAACACUUCAACAAAAAAUUGGAACCCCUUGGCACUUCGUGGAGUCAAGAUGCUCAUGGUGGGAACGAAAAUCCCCAACAGCAAUUUGAUGGGAACCAUACCCAGCUUCCUCAACAUACACAACCACCGGGGAGCACUGGAGAAGGUACCUUCAGGCAACCGCUUCCGCCUGGAAUCGUGAGGCCACGAAUGCCAAUUCAACCUAAUGUUCUCAUACGCAGUCCUGGAAUAAAUGUGAGAUUACCGGUUAGUGGGAAUAUGGAUGCCAGGUUGCAAGGCAUUGAAUCUCGUAAGAGAAUGCUCUUGCAACGACCACCGGUCUCUGCUGGAAUGUCGCAGCAGCAUUAUCAAGGUGGCCAACUUUUGCAACAACGUAUGCCUGGUCCGCGAAAUCCACUAGCAGAACAGUUUGACAUUUUACAGCAACAAAGGUUCCCAGAAUCAUCGCAAGUACAAGGGCUGGGCCAACGAUUAGUGCGACCAGGACUUGAUAAUAUGAGCCAAAAUAUUAGGAUGAUGGGAGUAUCAGGGAUAACCAGACCCCCUGUGAUACCUUCCACUGUAACAGAAGCCAACGUGACCACUUCAGAAGCUUCUGAAAUUCCAGACAAUGUGACAGCAGAGCUUGAAAAACUUGAGCAAGAAGGUGCACCAAUGGUAGAAGUGGAAGGUGUCAGUGCUAUUCUAGGUGACUUGGCUGACGAUGAUGACGAGCUUUUAGCCGAGAUGGGCGCUGAUUUCAACAUAUUGGAGUACGCAGAUCCAGAAUUGGAUAACAUGACUGGUGGUGAAAAGACUAAUAUAUUCGAUCUUGACUUAGAGCAAGUUGAAGUGGAAACUAAAGAAGAUAAGCGAAAAAAAGGGGUUAAAGAAGAACCGAAAUCUGAAGAUUUGGGUGGUACAACGACUGCCCAUGCAGAAAUUAGAGAAACAACGGCUAGUAAUGUAGCACUGUCUCCACAAGAAACAACACCAAACAUACGAUCACAAGUGCAAACGUUGUCUUCAACCCCUCAAACAACAAUCCAACAACAACCAACAAUUCUACCGCAAGCUGCUAAUCCACAAGCUGCAGUGGUGCAGCAGCAGAUGCAUCAACAAGUUCAACAAGCAGCGGCUAUUGGAAGACCAAUGCCCGCUGGCACCAGACUCAUUUCACCUGAUGGAGCAGUUGGCGUUGUCACUUCCUCCAAUACUGUAACAGUUAGCUAUCCCUCAACAUUUCCUCGUCAUCAGCAACGAAUACCUCAAUCUCAUGUACAGAAACAACAACAGCAGCAGCAGCAGAGACUGGGAAUGCGAGUGGGUGCUGUUCCUGGUGUUCCGGGUCGCGUAGUAUCCGUUGGACAUAUCGUUGGACCGCGCACACCGUUGGCACCUCCUCCACCACCGCCAUAUCCUGGACCUCCGCCACCAUAUCCAGGACCUAUACCGAUGGGGCUGUGCACCGGUGGGCGGGGCUUGGUGCGCCCCCCGGGUCAUGUAGGGCACUCCGUGCCAGUGGUGGGCUCGCCGCUAUCUCAUGUGGUUCACGCUGGUGUACCUGGCAUGCCACCGCAUCCUCACCGAAGACCCUUGCUUCUGCAGUCGUGUUCACAGGAGCAACCGUUGCUGCUGGAGGAUUUAUUAGAACAAGAAAAACGAGAACAAGAAAAACAACAACAGCAACAACAACAAACAGAUAUCUCAACGCCAAGUGGUGCUUUACUUAGUGACAGCGAAUUUGAGCGACUCAGAGCUGAUGUUCUUGGUUCUGCUCCUCUCUCAUCUCCACCUCAGAGUCUUGUUCCAGGCGGAGGAGUGCCUGUGAUAAGGCCACCUUGCCUAAACAGACCACCUUCAACUCCAGGAUCACUUUGGCCACAAGGACUUCCUGAUGCUGUUAAGCUGGGUGGACAGGUGCCCAGACAACCGAUUGCCACACAGACCCCACCCGAACCAAGGGUGGCAAAGUUCAACAUCCCUCAACUCCCAGCCCCGCCAGCACCUCCAGAGAACAUUGCAACCGAACAAGAUCGUCAAAUUCAAUUACAAUAUGAACAGUGGCUGAACCACCAACAUCAAAUUCUUUCGCAACAAUUGAAGUAUUAUGAAACCGAAGUUCAAAAGUUGCGGAAGAUGAGAAAAUCUCUGAACAGCAAGCAACGACAGUUGCGAAAAUCAGGGAAUGAAUUGACCGAGAAUGAUGCCGCGGAGUUGCAACGAAUCUCCAGUGAACAAGCAAUAUUACAAAAACAUCUGGAUGCGAGUCGAAAACAAACACGUCAACACGGUAUGCUUAUUCAAGAGUAUCGCGGCAAGCAACAACAACGGCAGCCCCAAAUGCAAACUUCAGAACCAUGUUCUCCACUAAUGUCUCCGUCCCAACAUUCUUCGCCAAUGCACAGCCCUGCACCUCUGGUUUCUCAUAGUCCUGGACCCGGAAGUGUGACCUCCAAUAUAAUUCAGCAUUCUCCGGCUAACUCGAUGAUCCAGCAUAGCCCUAACCCUCCGUUGCUGCAGCACAGUCCAGGUAAUCCAGGGACAAUGUCACCGCAUAAUAUGCAAUCUUCACCAAGGAUCGGAACCCCGCACUCCCAGGGCGAAGAAAGCCCUUUCAGUCCUGGUGCCAUGCCAUCUCCAGGCAUGUGUGCAACGACAUCGACGAGAAUGGCAUCACCACAACAUAGAUCCGUUAUUACGGGUAGAGUGGCUACGAGUCCUGGUGCUUUCUCAACAGAUGGGCGAACCACCCAACAAAUGAUGGUAGAACAAGGGGUCAGAUUACAUACACUUCCCCAACGAUUUGUGCGUCCUCCUCUUGGGGGGGAUGCUGGUCAGCGACCCAGAAUGCAGUUGCAAGGUAGCAUAGUUUAUGGACAACGAUCUCCACUUGGGAGUCCUCAACCUUCUCAACAGCCCAUGAUGACACAACAGCAACACCAACAGAUGCUUCAACGGCAACAGAUGAUCCAGCAGCAGCAUGAAGUUGGUAAUAUCUCUCACCAGGAGACUCAAAAUAUCAUAACUCAAAGAACAUUGCAAAUGGUACAGCAGCAACGGCAGCAACAAAUACAGCAAAGGCAAUUUAUGCAGAUGCAACAGCAACACAUGAUACAAAAACCACCGAGUUCACCAAUGGUAUCUCAACCUGCUAAUUCCCCGAGUCCACAAAUGCACCAACAGAUGCAGCAAAAUUACGGACAGCCACCCAGUUCUCCUAUGCCUCGCAGUCCAAUGGUCCAACAAACGGUUGGCUCUCCAAUGCUUCAACAACAACUUAGCCAGAAUUCACAACCACCUAGUCCAAUGAACAGCAGAAUGCAUUCUCACCCGCCAAGCUCACCGAUGAUACCGCAGUAUCAACCCCCCAGUCCAAUGUCCAGAAAUCAUCCCCCAACAUCACCUAUGUUGCAGCAUCAACUCAACAGCUCUCAUCACCCUGUGCCACCUCAAACUCCAAACUCUCCAAUGCCUCGUAGUCCAAUGGUUGGAGGAUCGCCAAUGCAAAUCCAAAGGAGACAAUCAACUGGUAACAGCCCAGCAAUAACCGACAGACCUCAGAGCGUCGAAAAUCCGGGCACUCCACGAACACCACUUACACCUCACUCAGAAUAUAAUUCGCAAGGUAACAAUCACCAAGUAGGAAAUGACCAACAGCAAAAACAACAGCAACAGCAGCAACAGCAACAGCAACAACAAGAUCAGGUCAUGUGUUCCGAUCUUGUAAGCAGAGGGGGUGGAAAUCCACAUAAUCCAUUGAAUCCUUUACCAUUGCCCCCAAGUUUUGGUAGAUAUGGAUAUUUCAAAUUGGGACUUAGAGGUGGAUCGCCCAUGUGGUCUAUGAAACCUGAGUCAAGUAAAGGAAAAACUGCUGAGUCUCAUCUCCCAGUUGUCGAAGAUAAGCCGAAUACGUCUGGAGGUGUACACAGAAAAACUGGCAUUCCGCAGUCCAAAAUAAAUUCACUGGUCUGUGCUGAUUACAACGACUUCGAUGACGACUCUCAUACACCUCCACAAACUCCGCCAACAGAAGUAGAACCAAAGGCAACAUCAUCCCUAGCCGAUUCUACUCCCGUACCUCUUGGCAGUCCAAGUGACAAGCUUGAACCAAUCCCGGAUACAACUGAUUAUGAUGAUGACAAAACUAUUGUGAAUACGGAAGUUACGUUGAGCUCAACAGCUCAGAGAGACAGUGAUGAUAUUACAGUUAUCGAGCAGUUUGGAGAUACCGAAUUGGGAGAUGUUAUAACUGGCACACUGGAACCAGAUAUGCAGGAGGAAUAUGUUCUUUUUGAGUCAGAUAUGGUAGUGGACUUGUCAGUCGACAGUAAUGACUCUCUCAGCCAUGCACUGGUCAAUGACGGUAGCCAAACUCAUGAUUUGGUCCAAAUUCUAGAGAUUGAGGAUACCGAAACGCGAACAGAUGAGGGCACUUUAAGCGAUGAAGAUUUGGUCCCAACGCAAAAUCGAAAUAAACAAGGUCUGCAUCUCGAUAUAGUUAGAACCCUCCAACCUGGAAAGAAAUUAGUAGCUGUAACCGACACGCCCGAAUCUCCAGAUCAAGAAGAACUUAAUGUGGAUCCAUCUCCUGGUCCUUAUAUCGAUCAGUCUCCGGAUCAGCAAAUCAUGGUUUCUCUAGUUGACGAAUCAGAAGUAGUAAUCAUUGACCCAAGUAGCAAAUCACCAGAAGAACGAGUUACCAAGGUUUUUGUUUGUGAUGAUGUUACUAGUAAGACUGAUGCAACAGAAAUUACCUACACUGUUGAAGGACACGACACUUCGGAGUUACCAAAAAAUAUGGACACUUCUUUGGACGAGAAUGAUAAGCUCAAUAGUACGUCGUUUAGAUUUUCAGACAGAGUUGUGUCAAGCGAGAUGCCAACGGUCAGUUUACACCAAACUAACAUUGAGGUACUUGAUGUAACUAAACCAGCUGUAGCAUAUCCCACUAUUUUGACCAGCACGGCAGUUAGCGCAAUGACAGCUGUUUCUACUACUGCACUUGACAAUGUUCUGAGAAGUACUGCUGCACCAGCUCCUUGUUCUAGCAUCACCGAUCCUGAUGAGAACAUAGUUGUUACAGCAGCAACGUCACCUGUACCCACUACUCAGAUUAUGUCGCCUUCGACUAUGGCAGGUAUUGUGGCUGAUGCUAAAAUUGCUGCCAGAUUAUGUCAAGCAGCUGCAGAAGUGACUGUAAGUUCAGCAGUUGAUACAGUUUCACUAUCAGUAUCAGAUCAAGAAAACUCCAGAGAGUCUAUUACUGCUACCACAACCAGCACAGCUGGCAAUCAUUAUCUUAAAAUCCUGCAGGAUGUUAAAAGUACCGAUCAAAUAUUCCCACCAAAAUUAGCAGCAAACGUUGAGCUGACAUCCGUGACUUUAUCCACACCAAAAAUGUCUGUAUUGGAUUUACCCUUUGAGGAAAAUGUAAAUAGUCCAACACUCAAUGUUCAGGACAAUUCAUGCAGAGACUCUGAGUCUACUGAGGACAACUACCAAAAUACUAAUCAUGUCAGCCAUAUAACAAACACAGAGAAGAAUGAUGCCUCGCCUAGCAGAAUUAGUGAUAAUAAUUCGACUGUGGAAGAUAUCAAUCGAGUGGAUGAUAAAAAAUCUGAUACGCUAAAUACCACAGAUGAGUUAGAAAGCAUGCUUGAGGCGAUCCAUAAUCCUGAAGAUAUUGUUGAUGGAGGUGUGAAAGCAUUAAAGUCUGACAUCAAAACCACAGAGUCUGGUAAUUUGAAACGAAUGUCGCCUGUGACUGAUGAUUUAUCGCUUGUAAACAUUUUAGAAAAUGACGUUGAACCAUCUGCGGCAACGAAUAAAAACCGCAUUUCAUCGAUUACCGGCCCAAAAGAUGAACCUGUAGAUAAUUUUAGACCUGUGUCGUCUGUCGCAAGUACAAUGGCUGGUUGCUUGCUCAAGAAAAGAGCAGAGAAUGAGAACGAGAUUGAUUUAAACAAAGAUUAUUUACUAAAUCCAAAUGAGGAAAAAAAUUUAAUGGACGAAUCAUCUGAUGAAAUAUUGGACAUGCUACACAACAUAAUAUCCUCAAAACCUGAAAUGGCAGACACAAAUAUUCUGCGAGAAAAUAGAUCAAAUAAACCAAGUCUAAUUUAUCCGCUACCAGCCACAUUGGACACUUUACCAUUAAAUAUUUUACAAGACUCUCUACUUGACUUGGAGCAAGGAACUGGAGAUAAUGAAAGCCCUUUACAAAAGGAAGGAGAGUUGUCAAAGUCAGAGAAUUUAACCACUUCAUCUGUGGAUAUACCAUCAAAGAAAGUGCCCUCAACGCUGCCGCAUGAAUCGACGCCAAUAGCUGCAAGUGCUGUAACCCAAUUACAAAGAAGCACUAUAGCCGUGCCACAUCUCUCACCUCUGUCAAAACCAACCGAACUCUCUUCAAACGUGGCUACUGUUUCCCAUCAAUUACGAACAUUGUUGUCUUCCCUUCAGUCUAAUCACUCACAGGGGUACACAAUUGCCGAACAAGCAAAUGUACCAGCUGUAACUUCAAUAACAGGAACUAGUAAAAUCAGCACUGUGGUUAUACCGACGAGUAGCACAUCUACAAGCUCACCAGUGAUUACUGCAACGGACAAUAGUCAUCGAAUGCAAAUAUCCAAUACAGUUGGGACAAGUCUUAAUUCUAAAACAGAUAUAGAAAUUAGCUGUACUUCUAAUCAGAUUAUUCAACUAAAAGUAACACCAAGUUCUACUGUGAGUGUGAUAUCGACGAUAUGCAAACCCACUUCCAGUGAUCAAUAUUUGCGAAUCAAUCCUAGUACAUUGCAAGCACAAACAGUAAACAAUUGUUUGUCGAAUACAUCCACUAUUGUCUCUAGAGCCGGUACAAAUUCAGGCAUCUCUAUAACAUCUAAUGCAAUGUUGAAUGCUAUGCUUGCUGGGACGAAUUCGGCCAAGCCAACCAUUGCCGGGCACAGAGCUAGUACAGCUCUUACUCCUACGACAAAUUUGCUCAAUUCUGUCCCAUCUUCUUGCGUACAACGGACAGGCCACAAAAAUCUUCAGGCAAUAUUACAAGUAAGCACAAGUGCUUCCUCUAAUCCAUCAAGAGUGGCAGUUAGCUCUACGUCAAUGCAAUGUGUGAGAACCAUAGUACCUCCAAUAAUCACAACAACUCCUAUGACAAUCAACGUUACAACAAGCAUACUUCAGUCUACGUUGUCACAGGCCCCCACAUUACUUCACACUCAAUUAACCUCAGGCCAAACGCUCUACAAUAAGCCAGUGGCACUUUCAUCGAUUGACAACAAGUCUAGUACAUUAGAGGGUCUAAUUCAAAGUGCAACUUUCAAAAAAGAAUCAGAUGAUACAUCAACAAAAAACCAAUCCAAUCCGGAGAAAAAUCUUUCUAUCUCUAGAUCUGAAACAGAAUCUACUAAAGUUGGUGUCAAUUCAUCAAGAAUAGAGGAAUCUCAGAAUGUACUCUUGAAACAAUUACUCCAAAACACAGCUUGUGCUACUACCAUUUCAACUUCGGGAAAUAGUCAAGGUCCCAGUUUACCUCUAGUACCAUCACUCGAGGCACAGCUGGACCGUCCUGUGCCACCAACGCCAUCAUCUCUCAUUCCUCCAUUGCUCAAUGAGGUGCCACUCAAAACUGGGCCCAAACAGGUCUUGAACAGGGAAACAUCAUUUCUAUCGCAUCCAAAUGUACCGACAAAAUCACCAAGCCCUGUAAUAAAAGAAGAACAGCAACCUACACCGCGGCCAUGUACACCUCCGUUAUCCGCUUCUCUGACCCAACAAUCAGCAACUCGAAUCACCGAUACACUUGCAAAACCACAGGUAUUGGAUCAGCAACCAAAGAUCAACAUUGCUUUAAACGCAACGGUUCAACAACCAACGUCCACGACAAUGACUAAACAAACAUCAUCAACACAGCCAGCAUUGACUGAGGCAACUGUUUCGCCGCCACAAAAUGCUUUGACAACAAAAGCUAAAUCACCUGUCAAACCUAUCGUUGAUUCAAUGAAUGCAAGUUCUAUGCAAUUACUACAGCAACCCUCUUCUACAACGUCACCCAGUUUGAAGGUAACCACACAAUCAAUGAAACCAACAACGGUCACUGCGCCCUCGAAUCAUGGGCAGGUUAAGCAACAGGUGGAAACUACCAACCAACCUGUUCCUACAUCAAACACUAUUCCGACAUCAGAGUCACAUGUAUCUCAAUCCCACAGCCAGGUGCUCCUACCACAGAGCGUUUCUCAGAUACCUCAGAAAUCUUCGCAGGUUAAUGUAAUUCAACCGUCAGUGCCUCUCCCGGUAUCCCAUCAAAUGGGACGCCAAGCUCAGCAGUCACAGGGUGCUCUUACACAACACGCAGUGCCUUUAGUGGAAGUAAAAAAAGAAAUAUUAGACGAAGUUCUUUCGGGCAGCACUCCUACCCAUGGCACUGAAAGCAAAGAUUUUAUCGUUGCCAGGGAUGAGUUCGUUGAAGGAUCCAUGGAUGAUAAAAUUGAUCUGAAGAAAUUGAAAAGACGUCAAUAUCAACAAAAGCGUCGGCAAAGUCAGGGAAAAGAUGCUACAGCUGCUCCACAAAAAAAGCGUCCCAGAAAGGUGUCUCGCCUUGAUGAGGAUUAUGACACUUUUGUGGACAAUUUAAUGUCUCAACUGCGUCAAUUGCAACCUAUGGCGGUGCUCGAGCCAUUGCUUGGCAGAAAUUAUGGAGUCUGUUCUAUAUUUGGCUCUGGCGAUUUAUCCAAAAUUGGCACACAGAGGGAUUACAAUACUCGCAUGGGAGAUCUAAUUGGUACUUACGGCAAUGCAUCUUUACAAGGCACAGCUGACCAUUACAAUACCGAACCAUUUGGCGAAUUAGAACCACUUCCACCUCAGCAGCCCCCUUCCACUCAAAGAGGCUUUUACGAUCAGGAAUUCGCACCUUUAAAAUUAGACGAUUCCGACGAUAAGAAGGAUAGCUCUUUAACUAUGACUCGUGACGUUGAUACACCUGAUACAAUUGUCAGCUCAUCAUCUCCUGAAUGUGUAAUACCUGAGUUUAUACACCGAUUUCCUGGAUUAAAGUUAAUAGAAGAGGAAUCUGAUGAGGAAGCGGAUUGGCUGAAAAGGGUUUCUCCUGUUAUACCACUUGUUUCUCCAAUUCCAAUUAGACUGAAACCAGGCCUUGCCAAGGAUACGGCUAACAUGGAUAAAGAAAAUUUUGGUGUAUCAAGAGUUGGGAAAUCACCCCCCAUGCCAUUGCGGGACAAUAGUAAUGUCACAGUGACAUUGACCCUGAACAGCCAAGCUGCUGAUGAUAUCUUGGGGGUACUGAAAGAUUUGGCAAAUAUCUUGAACAUUGCUCCACCAACUGGUUAUCAAGUGGUUGAGCGAACAACUACUCCACCGAGCCAGAAGUUAGGACUCUAUCGGACAAAAGGAAAAGAUGGCAAGGAAGGGGCUCCAAUAGACAUACAAAGUAUUCUGAAUGGGGCAGCAAAGUUCUGUCGUCACUGCGACGUCGUCAUUCUCAACAGCUUGAUACGGAAGAAGGUGUCAGAUCUGCCGUUUUUGAGCAAGGAGGAAUCAGAACCUGGUGAAGAAUUGUGUUUCUGCUCAGCAGCUUGCUACAUGCAGUUUGCUCUGAUUCACAGGUCUCCAACAGUAACUCAAGAAAAGGCAGCGGCAAUUGUGGACCACUUGUGCCAAAAUUCUACAGCUAGAAACACUGACUCCGAAUUGAAGAAGGUUUCCCCAGAAAAUCGGUGUGACGUCAAACAAUCUGCAGAGCUUGUAAGAUGUACAAAGAUCGAGGCGAUGGAAAUUGACACUGAGAUUAGAAUAAAAACCGAAAGAGACACAGACUUGGAUCUUUUUGACACUAUCCGCCGAGAGGAUUCACUAGAUGAAAAACGACCAAAAAAACACGCUGCUACAGAAGAAUCAGCAAUGGAGGAUUGCCUUGAUCCCCCAGCUAAAGUUUGGCGGGGGCUUCGUUAUAAAUCAUGGGCUCUUGGCGGUAUACAACCAGCAACAAAAUACAAAAAGCCUACCGACCGCGAGAUCACAGAGAUGCUCUUCCGUUUGGGCGUAACUGUGAUUCCUGCAAAGGCAGACGACAGUCGACGUUGUAUGUUUUGCAAUACUCAGGGUGACGGCGCUGCCGACGGACCGGCCAGGCUAUUGAACUUCGACGUUGACAAAUGGGUGCAUCUCAACUGUGCCUUAUGGUCGGAAGAUGUAUAUGAAACUGUGAACGGAGCCCUCAUGAAUCUUGACACAGCAUUGCAACAUAGUCUAGUUCUCAACUGCAUGGUUUGUGACAAACCUGGAGCGACUGUUAAGUGCUUCAAAAUACGGUGCACUAAUGUAUAUCAUCUUGGCUGUGCAGUUAAGGACGGUUGUGUUUUCUAUAAAAACAAGAGUACGUACUGCUCACAUCAUGUGCAAAAAAAUGAAAAGGACAACGAGCUGACUACGCUAUCGGUGUAUCGGCGUGUGUAUGUUAAUAGGGACGAGAAUAGACAAGUAGCAGCUGUGAUGCAUCAUUCGGAGCAUAACCAUCUUCUACGUGUGGGAAGUCUGAUAUUCUUGAGCGUCGGCCAACUGCUACCCCACCAAUUGACCAAUUUUCAUACUCCCAACUACAUCUAUCCAGUUGGUUAUAAAAUAGUCAGAUUCUACUGGAGCAUGAGAAGACCGAAUAAACGAUGCCGAUACGUAUGCUCUAUUCAUGAUGUAUCAGGGCGACCGGAGUUUCGAGUACUAGUACAAGAACCCUCUCAGGAGGAUGUCGAACUCCGCGAUGCAACACCACGUGCAGUUUGGAGUCGCAUUCUAGAACCAUUGGCAGAACUGCGUCGUACUACACACAGCGUUCAAUUGUUCCCCCGCUACGUUUCAGGGGAGGACUUAUUUGGCCUGACGGAGCCUGCGGUUGUCCGUGUACUUGAAAGCCUUCCAGGCAUUGAAACGCUCACAGAUUACCGAUUCAAAUACGGGAGAAAUCCUCUGUUAGAACUGCCAUUGGCCAUCAACCCAACUGGUAGCGCCAGAACGGAAGCUCGUCUGCGGAAUCAGUUACCCUGGAAAAGGCCGCACACACAACGUACAGGCUCUUCAGCACGAGCAGCUUUUGUUCCCACAGCAACUGUAGCCGGUGAAGUGGCAUGCCCUUACUCAAAACAAUUUGUUCACUCAAAAAGUUCCCAGUAUAAAAAGAUGAAACAAGAAUGGCGAAAUAACGUUUAUUUAGCAAGAUCGAAAAUACAAGGACUAGGAUUAUAUGCUGCACGAGACUUGGAAAAACAUACGAUGGUUAUAGAAUACAUUGGGGAAAUUAUCAGGUCUGAACUAGCUGAAACCAGAGAAAAGCAGUAUGAAGCUAGAAAUCGUGGAAUCUACAUGUUUCGUCUUGACGAAGAACGAGUAGUUGAUGCGACACUGUGUGGAGGAUUAGCUCGUUACAUCAACCACUCGUGUAACCCAAAUUGCGUAGCGGAGAUCGUCGAGGUCGAGCGUGACCUCCGAAUCAUCAUCUUCGCAAAGCGACGUAUCUCCCGCGGUGAAGAGCUGGCAUAUGAUUACAAAUUUGACAUCGAAGACGACCAGCACAAAAUAGCAUGCGCAUGUGGUGCGCCUAACUGCCGCAAGUGGAUGAACUAAAAGUCCGUACACUGUUGUUAUUGUUGCUAUCUAUUGAAUAGGUUUUACAUGGAUCACUUGCGAGUGUAUAAAUACACGCAUCGCGCACAUACAUAUACGCAUAGUACGUGCAUCAAUAGUGCGUGCAACUCCCCUGCUUUCCCGUUCUCUAUGUGGACGUGUACGACUGCGUGUGAAUAUACACACGUAUGAAAUGUAUAUUGUAAACAUUAUUAUAUUUAAAAUGUAAAGUGCCAUUGUGGUUUUACUGAGUGAUUCGUCGCAAAACUUGUGCCGAGCCAUCACAACAUUCCUCCAAAGUUGUACAAUAUUAGUUUUACUUUACCAACCGGGAGUCUUGAUCCCUUGUACAUUACCGUAAAACUGUUAAGAGGAUGAAAAAAACUGAUGAAAUAAUGAAGUUAACGGGUAGUUCUGUAUGCAAGGGAAGUUUGUAUCUUUGUAUGUUGAAUGUACUCGAUGAUUGUCGACCAGAUUGUAAUAUAGGAUAUAAUUUAGUUACUUUUAUUAUUACCAUUAUUAUACAAAUGAUUAUCAUUACUUUUAAUGCAUAUACGUUGCACUGUCUUUGUACAUAGGUAGAAGACGAUGUUAUUUCAAACCACCAGAACAUUAUGUAAAAAAAAAACCGAUACCUAAUUUAGCGUUACAUAUUAUUAUAACUAUUUGAAUAUACAAUAACAAAUGAAUCAAUAUAUCAAUAAACUAAUUAAUGAUA